AUGGAGAGAAACAUUACAAGACAUAGGACUCUUCACUGGUUCCGAAAAGGAUUGAGGCUUCAUGACAACCGACCUCUCUUGGAAGCGAUCCGGAGCUCGGAAGCAGUCUACUGUGUUUUCUGCUUGGAUCUUGAAUGGAUGCGCGCGAAUGAACGGAUCGGCAACAACAGAAUUAGAUUUCUUUUGGAGAGUCUCAAAGAUUUGGAUGAUAGUUUGAGGAAAAUUGGGACGAGAUUGUUCGUGCUCAAGGGCAAUGCUAGAGCCGCUAUCAAGACUUUCUGCAGAGAAUACGAAAUCACCCAAAUGACCUACAUGCGUGACGCCGAGGUCUUUUACCGUCAACUCGAAGCUGAAAUCCUCGAAGAGGUCAAUCGACGGGAAAUUGUCACUCGCUCCUUCCACGGACACACACUUUACGAUCCUCAAGAAGUCAUCGACGCUAACGAUGGUCAAGUGCCCCUCUCUCUCGACGAGUUCUACUCUGUCGUCGGAAACAUGGACGUUCCAGCUCCUCCGGCUCCGACAAUCACGGGAGAAAUGUACAAAUCAUGCGCAGUUACAAUCGAGGACAACCACCAGGCGAUUUACGGCGUCCCUACUUUGGCCAGUCUUGGACUCGAAUGCCCCAGAUCGUUGACUCGCUGGCCAGGGGGAGAGACCGUGGCGUUAGAAAGAAUGCGAUUCAAACUUGAGAGGAAAAAUCUCUUCGAAUUCGACCAAGGACCGAGUACUUCCAAAGCUGGUGAUCACGAAUACGAAAUCCCCGGGACUACCGAGCCGUGGUUCGAGACACAGCCGGAGACAACGGGCCUGAGCCCUUACAUAAACCUCGGCUCGAUGUCCCCUCGAACAUUCUGGCACGGAGCACAGGGCGCGCCGGAAAAGAUGCGAACGACUGUCCAGGGUCAAAUGAUUUACCGUGAAUUCUUCUAUACCGUAGCCUACACUGUCAAUAACUUCACGAAGAUCGAAGGCAAUCGAAUCUGCCGAGACAUCAAGUGGAGCGAUCCGAAAAACGAGCGAGUAGCCGAGUGGAUUGAAAAAUUCAAAGAAGGGAUGACUGGUUACCCGUGGAUAGAUGCUGCCGUUCGACAGAUGAAGAGCGAAGGAUGGAUCACACACAUUUCCAGAUUCUCCCUGGCUUCUUUUUUGACCGUUGGGCAAAUGUGGUGCAGCUGGGAAAUCGGGCAACAGCUUUUCGAAGAAUUCCUCCUGGACGCAGACUAUGCUCUCAAUGCUGGGAACUUUCUCUGGGUGACGGGAAGCGCAUUCUCGAAUCAAGUGCCUCUGCGCGCGAUGGAUCCAGUCAAAAUUGCUCGAAAAUGGGACACGGACGGUAGCUUCAUUCGCCGCUACUGCCCCGAGUUGAAAAAUCUUCCGACGCAAUACAUUUAUUGUCCGUGGAAAGCGCCAAACGACGUCCAACAACAAGCACGAACCAUCAUCGGAGUCGAUUAUCCAGAGCCGAUGUUGAACGCGGCGACUACCAGAAUCCAGAAUUUGAACAAAAUCAAAGCCCUCAAUCAACAACUACGACCCGAUUCUGACUCCGACAGAGACUCUCUUUAA